AUGUCGCAAGACAUCAAAGGCCAAGAACAUGAAUUGAGGCAGGAGGGUGCCAUUGAGACCGCCGUCCAGGCGGCUCAGGACCCCCAGGCCGAGGCCGCCGCCGAGGCCGCCGAAACGGUCCUCGUCGACGAGACCCGCAAGGCUGGCCUCCCCGCCUUUCAAUUCGAUCCCGCGACCUCCCCCGAAGACAAAGCCGCUGCGGCCGAAGCGCGGGUGCCACCGGGCUUGCACCGGGAUAAGAAACCCCAGGGCAUGGCCGUCGUCACAGAUCGGGUUGAGGGCACCCCCGACCCCAAUCUCCCCCCACCGACCUCCGCGGCGACGCUGCUGAGCGAGAAUGGCAACCACACCCCCGGCGAGAAGAAAGAAAUGGAUGAUGAUAUGCGCUGGCACCGGGACCGGACCGGCUGGGCUCCGCAGUUCGCCAAGUCGGACGAAGAACUCGAAAAGGAGCGGGAAGAGGGCACCCUCCUCGAUCACCAGGAUCUUCUCGAGUCCCGCCUCGAUGAUAAAUUCUUUGGAGACUGGUACCACAAUGCCGGCAUCAUCGUCUUCGCCUGCCUCAUGUCCUGGGUCGUCGCCGUCCUCGGCGGCGGUUUGGCCUGGGUGUUCAUCGUCAUGGCCGCCUGCAGCACCUACUAUCGGACCUCCAUCCGUCGCGUUCGGCGCAACUUCCGCGACGACGUCAACCGCGAGAUGGCCAAGCAACGGCUGGAGACCGACACGGAGAGCCUGGAGUGGAUCAACAGUUUCCUGGUCAAGUUCUGGCCCAUCUACGCCCCCGUGCUCUGCGACACCCUCAUCAGCUCCGUCGACCAGGUGCUCAGCACCUCGACCCCCGCCAUGCUCGACAGUCUGCGCCUGAAGACCUUUAUUCUCGGCACCAAGCCCCCCCGCCUCGAGCACGUCAAGACCUACCCCAAGACCGAGGUGGACACCAUCAUCAUGGACUGGAAGUUCAGCUUCACCCCCAACGACACCAUGGAUCUGACGGCCCGCCAGCUGAAGAACAGGAUCAACCCCAAGGUCGUGCUCGAGGUGCGCCUGGGUAAGGGUGUUGUCAGCAAGGGUCUCGACGUCAUCGUCGAGGACAUGGCUUGCAGCGGCCUGAUGCGCGUCAAGGUCAAGCUGCAGGUCGCCUUCCCCCACAUUGAGCGCGUCGACGUCUGCUUCAUGGAGCGCCCCGAACUGGACUACGUCUGCAAGCCCCUGGGUGGUGACACCCUGGGCUUCGACAUCAACUUCAUCCCCGGCCUCGAGAGCUUCAUCAAGGACCAGAUUCACAACAACCUGGGCCCCAUGAUGUACAGCCCCAACGUGUUCCCCAUCGAGAUCGCCAAGAUGCUGGCCGGCAACGCCAUGGAUCAGGCCAUCGGCGUCGUCGCGGUGACCCUUCACGGCGCCCGCCAGCUGAAGAACCCCGAUCGCUUCGCCGGCACCCCGGAUCCGUACGCCGUCGUCUCGCUCAACAACCGCAACGCCCUCGGCCGCACCAAGACCAUCCACGACAGCGACAGCCCCCGCUGGAACGAGACCAUCUACGUGAUCAUCACCUCCUUCGCGGACACGCUCAGCAUCACGCCCUACGACUGGAACGAAUACCGCAAGGACAAGGAGUUGGGGAUUGCCACCUUCGGCCUGGACCGGCUGGAGGAGGAGCCCGAGCACGAGGGCCUGUACCUCGAGGUCAUGGCGAGCGGUCGGUCCCGCGGCUCCGUCCACACCGACAUCCGCUUCUUCCCCGUCCUCGAGGGCCGUCAGCUGGAGAACGGCGAGGUCGAGCCGGCCCCGGAGAUGAACACCGGUAUCGCCCGGUACACGGUCGAGCAGGCCAAGGACCUGGAUUCGAGCAAGAGUCUCGUGGGCCUGCUCAACCCGUACGGCGUCCUGCUGCUGAACGGCAAGGAGAUCCACAUCACCAACAAGCUGAAGCGCACCAACAACCCCAUCUUCCAGAACGCGUCCAAGGAGUUCCUCGUCACCGACCGCAAGAACGCCCGCCUGGGUCUCCUGAUCAAGGACGACCGCGACCUCGCCCGCGACCCGAUCCUGGGCAGCUACCAGAUCAAGAUGAACGACAUGUUCAAGAUGAUGGAGAAGGGCCACCAGUGGUUCCACCUCCACGGCGCCAAGAGCGGCCGCGUCAAGUUGACCCUCGACUGGAAGCCCGUGGCCGUCGGCGGCAUCGCCGGCAGCUCCGGCUACGUCGACCCGAUCGGUGUCAUGCGCAUCCACUUCAAGCGCGCCACGGACCUACGCAACCUGGAGAAGAUGGGCAAGUCGGACCCGUACGCGCGCGUCCUGCUCUCGGGCUACCAGAAGGCCCGCACGGUCACUUUCCGGAGCAACCUCAACCCGGAUUGGGACGAGGUCAUCUACGUGCCGAUCCACAGCGCCCGCGAGAAGCUCACUCUGGAGGUGAUGGACGAGGAGUCGGUCGGCAGCGACCGGACCCUGGGCGCCGUCGAGAUCUCCGCCUCCGACUACGCCCGGGAGAACGAGCAAGGCGAGUUCGAGAUCGACGACGAAAAGCAGGAUCUCACGAGCGGCCUGCGCAUCGGAUCCGGCCCCGUCAAGGGUAACCUCCACUACACCGUGGCGUUCUACCCCACGAUCCCGGUGGUCAACCCCGACGACGAGCAGGAGGAGGACGAUCUGGAGGACGGCCUCACCGUGGACGGCGAGGGCAGCGAGGUGGCCCGCAAGAGCGUCGAGUCCCGACGCAAGGGCUACCACUCCAAGAACGCGAGCGUGGAUUCCAAGGCCUCCGCCAAGGACCUCAGCGCCAAUGGCAAUCUGACUCCCGAGCCGCGGGCUCUGAGCCGCGCGCGGAGCAACGAAUCGCUUGGGUCAAAGGCGCUGGCGUCCCCGACUACGGCGAGGGACUCGGAGACCAUGUCCGUCCGGUCCAUCAAAGAAGUGCCCAAGACAUUUAUCCCCGCGGAGGAUCUGGCCCAAUACGAGUCCGGUUUCUUCGUGUUCAAGUUCCAUGAGGUCCACCUGGCCCAUAGCAAUGUGCAGGUGGAGGUGCUGAUGGACGACCAUAUGUUUGCGUCGUACUCUACCGGCAAGAUCCGCACUAAGGUUGCUCAGAUCGAAGAUAUUGGUGACGCGUUCGUUCGGGAACUGGAGUUCUCCAAGGUCACCCUGCGGAUCGUGGACAAGGAUGACCACGAGGACAACAGUGAUGAGCACACAGUGUCGAAGUUGACUGGCGACACCCUCAGUACGCUGCAGCGCAUCUUGUAUACCCCGACGGAGCUGAGCCUCCGAUCCAGCGACGGAGAGGUCAGCAAGGUCACCGUCAGCGCGCGGUACAUUCCGGUAAAGAUGAAGCUGGACCCGUCGGAGAGCAUCAACAACAUGGGCACCCUGCGGGUCAACGUCAUGGACGCGGCGGAACUGCCGUCGGCGGACCGCAACGGGUUCAGCGACCCGUACUGCAAGUUCCGCCUGGACGACAAGGAGGUGUACAAGACCAAGGUGCAGAAGAAGACGCUCCACCCGUCGUGGAACGAGUGGUUCGAGGCGCCCAUCAAGUCCCGGAUCGGGGCCAACUUCCGCUGCGACGUCUACGACUGGGACUUUGGCGACAAGGCCGACUACCUGGGCGGCACCGGCAUCGACCUGGAGGCGCUCGAGCCGUUCCAGAACCGGGAGGUGUCACUGCCGCUGGAUGGCAAGUCUGGCGCCAUCCGCCUGAACCUGCUGUUCAAGCCCACAUACGUGAUCCGAUCGCGACAAGGGUCGUCGACAUUCUCGGGCACGUUCGCCACGCCCGGCAAGAUCGUCGGCGCGCCCGUCAAGGGCGUGGGCUUCGUCGGCGGCAACGUGAUCAAGGGUGCCUCGUUCCUCAAGCACGGCAUCAUGUCGCGAUUCCGCGGGGACGACGGCGCGAGCAUCCACGAGGGCGACGAGGCCGAGGAGGGGUCAUCGUCGGCGGCGCCGCCGCCGGCGCCCUCGCACCAGCACCAGUCAUCCACCGACACGGUGCCGGUGCCGUCGGCGAUCCUAGUGGACGGCGCCGCGCCAGCCAGCAACGGGCUCCAGCACGGGCGCACGCGCAGCCUGGUGUCGCACUACGGCGACCGGCUGGGGAUCGGCAGUGGUGGGGGGCGGGGCGACAGCGGGACGGCGUCGAUCUCGGUGGUCUCGGCGAGCGGGUUCCCGGCGUCGGCCAACUUGCGGGUGUCGGUGCGCGCGGUGGGCCCCAAGGGCGCGAAGGAGGUGUUGAAGACGAAGGCGCAGCGGGCGGGCGAAGGCGACGGGGUACAGUUCGAGGGAUCGCACGCUUCCUGCCGGGUGCACAACACGACGGCGGACGCGCAGUACCAGUUGCGGGUUGUGGACCACGCGACGUUCGGGUCGGACACCGGGCUUGGCGAGGCGAUGUUCUUCGUGGACGACCAGGGGUCUGUGGCUGGGCAGGACAAGGCGAUCGCCGUGGGCGAGGGCGCGGUCGUGGUCCGGAGCAGUUUCUCGGUGCCCGACGGGGGUGCCGCCGGUGGGGGUUGCGACCCGGGACGGCGAACUCGAACGGGGGCGGGGAUGGAUUCGAAGAAGAUGCGACGGAGCUUUUUGAGUAAACGGAAUGUGAGUGGUGCUUGA